AUCCAGGAGGAGGAGCUGCGCAGAUUCGCCGCCCGCGUCGCCGCCCUCCUGCAGGGCCCGGAGCUUGGCACCGAGGCCGUGAACUGUCUGCAGAGACUGCACCUCACCAUCGCCGCCACCAAGUACCCCCGCAAGCUAGAUGGCAAGUUUGUGGAGCUGUUGCAGACAGUGCUGUGCUCAUCCAAAAGCCCUGAGCAGAUUCAGGUGCUAUGUGCUGCCAUCCUGAGAGAGAUGUCACCUUGCAAUGAUCUGAUCCUCUCCUGUGAUGACAUUCAAGAUACAAAGCUCUUGAGCCUGGUGUCCUCCAUCCUUCUGGCUCAGGGAAAUACGAAGGGUGAAGUCUCUGCUGUUGGGCAACGUGUUGUAAAAGUCCUUGGGAGAAGAUUGCCUGAGGGUCAGAGUGCUCUGUGCCUGCUUCCUGUGCUGGCAAAUGUCAUCAGUCUUUCACCAGAGUCUCUAAUCGAAGAGCAGACUGAUGUUGUCAGUAAAAAGCUGGCUGACUGGCUGAGGUAUGCAAGUACGCAGCAAGGAAUUGCUCAAGCCUCUGGAGGCUUCUUCUCCAGUCCCAGAACCAAACAGCCUGCUCCUGUCACAGAGAUGGAUGGUGCCAUUGCCACAGACUUCUUCACAGUGCUCUCAGUGGCUCAGCACUACACACAGGACCAGUGGCUGAAUGUCCAAGCCUUCUCCAUGCUGCGCAAGUGGCUGCUGUGCUAUGGGGGCAAGCAGGUGAAGACCACUAAUCCAGGUGACAAACCAGGAAUGGACAAGUCUGUUACAUCCAUGGUCUCAACUUCAUCCACACCCAGUCGCCUUCUUCCCCCAAAGGAGCGUCUGCGGGAGAAAGCCUUCGAGUACUGCCAGCGGCUUAUCGAGCAGAGCAACCGGCGACCCCUGAAAAAAGAUGAUGGAGACCUGCAAAAAGCUUGUCUCAUUGAGGCAGUGGCAAUCAUGGACAUCAUCUGCAAACAGGAUUCCUCCUACGUGUACCGUGCCGUCUCUUUCCUGAAAAUCCUGCACAGCAGGAUCUGUGGGGAUGCCACUUAUGCCAGGGCACUACUGCCCAUUGCCCAGUUCUUCCUGAACCACAGCAAACCAUCAGCUGCAGACUUUGACACAAUCUACAAGCAUUUGUUCACUGACAUCCCAGCUCAGCUCUUCCACAAUCCAUCACUGGCCUUUGAAUUUGUCCAGUUCUGUAAAGAGAACAGCCAGCUCCUUGUGGACACCUCCAGCAUAUUCAGGCAAAGCUUCCCAAAUCUCUUCAAGUUCCUGGCAUGGAACAGCCCACCUCUCAUCUCUGAGUUUGUGGACCUUCUCCCAUUUCUGCUGGAUGCAGGCACAGCCAUUGAGAUCUUCCAUUUGCUGCUUGACCUGCCCUGUUUGACAGCAGCUCUGGACAUCCACCUGAGGUCAGCUGCUCUUUCUACCUCUGAGAAGGCCAUCAGUGACCCAGCAGUGAAACCAGCCACUUGUCAGGAAGCCUUUCGCCAUCCCCUCUACAAGAGCACGUUCCAGUAUCUUCUCCGCACCAAGUCCACUCCUGAGGAUGCCCCAGAGAGUCUGAUUCCCCUUCGACAGCUGCUGGGAUCCCUGGCCAGCAACCCAAGGGUGGUGCAGUGUGCAGAGACUGUCCCUGUCUUAUUGGAGCUCUUUUUCAGGGUGGUGGCAGAGUUUGCAGAAGGGCCGCUGAUAAACCAGCUGGUGGUGCUGCUGCUGCAGAGGAGCGACCAGCUCUACGAGAUCCCGGCAUUUAAAGAUGACGUGUACAGGGUGCUGGGCUCACAGCUGGCAGUGCUCUGCAGUCUGCGCCCUGCGGUUGUCGUGGAACUGUCCACAGAGGUUCUGGAGUUCUCAGGAGCAGUCAGCAACAUCCAGAACAAGGAGGCUAUCUUCACCCACAUGGUCUGGGCUAUCGGGGAGUACCUGUCUGUGUCCUACGACAAGCGCUGCACUGUGGAGCAGAUCACCAGGUUCUUUGAGACCCUGGAGGCUGUGCUGUUUGAGAUCACCCAGCUCCGACCACUGGCCAGCACCCCCAGCUGUGCCCCCCGUGCCAUCAGUGUCCUCAUGGCCACCUUGACCAAGCUGGCAGCUCGCAGCCAGGACUUGAUCCCCAGAGUGUCCAUGUUCCUGUCCAAGAUGAGGACAUUUGUGCAGAGCCCUGCUGCCACCUCUGUUUACUGUGAGCAGGACCUUGAGGAGAUCCUUAUUCGGGCAACUGAGCUCAUGAACGUGCUGAAAAUGCCCAGCGUGGCUCAGUUUGUGUUCACCCCACCCGUGGAUGUGGCCAGCACACGCUUUCAGAGAGAGGUGAAUGACUCCCUCCCUCUGGCCCUGAGGAUGGUCACCCAUCUCCUGGAGCCAGCUCCUGGCUGCUUGCCAGGGUGAGGGCAGGGGGUUUCUGGAGUAACUCACCAGACCCUGCUGACCCUCAGCGCUGAGGCCCUGCUCUUAACUGGAAAUGAGGAACAAAUGGUGAACGAAACAGAAAACAGGAAUAAGUAGAGCUGAGACUGCUCUUCUGAAUUGAGGCUGUUUGUAUUUCUGUGUCCUAGUGCCUGUUGGUUUUGUAUCUCCUAAACUUGUCUUAUUGCUCCCUGGCCAGUAUGGAUUGAAAAUCCCAGUGGAUUUGUGUGAAUGU